CAGUUUUCGCAGAACCUUCUUAUAAUGUCAUUCGUUCAAUUUAUUUUUCUGUCAUCAUUCAUUUUAAUAGUGAUGUGCCACGUCCUAGAAAAACGGCAUGUCGAUUUCCAAGAACGGUUUAUGGAGAGACGAAGACAACGACAAAUAAAGGACCAAGAAGCAUUACUCAUGGAAAACAAAGACUUAAGUGAUAUUGAAGUUGUGAACGAAGUCACACAUUUCUUGAAAAGGGGCAACAAAUCUUCUAAAAAAUGGAAGAAAAUUGAAAUGCUUGAGCGAGAUUUUAGACACUUACUAGCAAUGGAUGGUAUGAAGUAUCAUUAUAAACGUGACUUCUAUUGGAGAACUUGGCGUUCAGUUGCCUCUUACGGUGGUACUGAAAGAAUUGUGUGUUACAAAUGUAAUAAUAUCGUUCAGGCGCCAGGAUGCCAAAGUUGUGGGAUGUGGACGAUUGAGGAAACACCCCCGCCAUGUCCUUACGAGUUUUUCUCAGUGAUCACUGACAAGUUACUAUGUGGAGCCUACUAUACUCAGUACACAGACAUAUACACUACUUGUCCAAGCAUCAUCAACUUCUCCGAUUUGACAGCUACGUGUGACAACCCUAUUGAGACCAAAUGGCGUUUCACCAAAAUGUAUGGUAUGCCAGAGAAUCAGAGAAAUAAGCAUAUUAUUUGUGGAAAUCAAGAUUCUUGCGAGAUUACUACGUCUUAUGAGAUAACCCCAAAUUAUGUUAUAUUCAGGAUAAUUAACUCAACAAAUGACGUUAUUUAUUCACGAAUUAUGAAACCAAACUACACAAACUACAUUUGCAUAGACGAUUGUGGCCGUUUCAACCAAAACACGAAAAAAGUCGGAAACAUUGACAUACCGUUAAAAUUAAACCUCCUCACUCCAAAACUGAAUGAAAAUAUUGAAGAAAAAAUACCGGCACAGAGUAAAAAUAAUUUUCUGAUUGAAUUGAAGCAUACUCCAUCAAUGCCAUUGCGAAGUGAAGCUGUUUUCAGUAAUUUCCCGCCAUUUGAAGUCAACAGAAUACCAAAGUCAGUUGUCAGUCCGAAUAUUUUUCAUAAAAAUCUAUUUGAACAUAGAAUUAAAUCAAGAGUAAUGAAAAGACAGCAAAAUAAUUUAGAUUUACAUGAAUAUAUACAAAAGCAUUUUUUUCCCAAAUACAAGUUAUUUAGAUGGCAUGAAUUGAAUUCAACAUCGAAUUCUUUUGAAGAUGGGUCGUUGAACUCGUCAGGACAUCAUUGUAAAGUUUCUCGGUGGCAGAAAGAGGAAACAACGAUUACCAGCAUACAAUAGUAAAAAAAACUAGUUUUACAAUAUAAUAUACUUUAUUUAAGGCACAAUAUUUAUUUUAGAUGCAAAAUAAAAUGUUUUACAUGUUGUUUUUAUAAAACAUUACACGUAAUUUUACUUAACUAAUUUAUUAUUCUAACUUUAAGGCCGGCAUCACACUUGGGACAAAUACAAUGAGAAUUUUAUCUAGGCUUUACACAAAUAUUUAUUUCAAUAAGUGUGACGCUAGCAUACAUUUUUUAUACUUAAAUACA